GAGAGUUACUUUCAUUGCAAUAAUUCCGCUGUUGGACUCUGGCUUCAGAAUUUUGUGAAAAAUAUGUCGGCCUCUGGGAAUGUUUCACCUACCAAUUUUACUGUUGUGUGAGAGGAGCACAUACUUCUAAUGAUAUUGUAUUUAUUUGGCUAUAUUCCCAGAUUGCGGCUGUUGGAAAUAAGUUAGAAAGCCCGGAAGCUUGUAGAAGCGGCUAGCACCGUUAGCUACCUGUGGUUAAAUAUCGUCAGUCUUAUCGGUGGCUGGUCGCUAGCUAACCGUGUCUCUGUAAAACAGCCUGGUAGUGGGACAGCCAGCCACUGAGGCUAGUGGACGUGGAUAUGGGGAUAAUAGUGGAUGAAAGGACUUGUCUCCCAGGAGGAAAUAACGUGACUGAGGCUGAGAUAUCCCAUUCACCGGGCCAUUGUUGAAGCAGGUGCAGCGUCUUGACCAACUAUCGGACUGGAUUCACUUUUUUUGUGACUGAGGACGACCUGUAGAGUUCUGCUAUUUGAUUCACAUCUCACUUAUGAUCUAUGAGCGAGGAGGCCAGGAGGAAUGGGAAAUGUUCUUCCAUCCUGUUUUGAGGUUAGAGAAUUGGCACUUCAAACCUGAAAACCUCAAGAUACAACUGGCUUUUGGGAUCUUCGUUUUCCACAUACGAAAGCUUUUUGCUUUUUUGUUGAGGCUCUUUUUGGGACGUUAUCUGGAGAGUGUGUUGUUGUGGGAGGGUGUUAUCCAAGCCUGAGUGCUCUCUGCUGGGAAAGGAAGUCAGAGGGAAGUCCCUGGAGAAGACUGCAAAAAGGAAAGAACCAGCACUACCACUAGGAAGUAAUCAGCAUCUGGUCACACCGAACCCUCAGGGCUCCAGCGCAGUGCAGUAGAUCUAGCUGUUCCUCUACGACUUCAUGUACAUGGAUACUAAUGGAUAGUCCACUGGAUUAUCAUCUAGACACAAUCACCGCCUGCUUUUUGUCUUCUUAUCAUGUCCACGGUGUUGCUGGCAGGUGAGGUGGUUUAGAUCUGCCACCAGCUGGGUUUAGGGAUGCCCCGACACAAGAAAACCAGGCUGCUCCACUGGCCCGCUUACAGACUGCUGCUUCUAAUACCAGCCCUGAACUGAAAAACGGCGUCUCCUCCUCCAACAGCGAGCAAGGGGUAAACGUUUUUAAUUUGCAAGACUUUAUUUCAGCCUGCUACGCUACGAGUGCUGAAAACCUUCUGUUGGAAUGAACUUUGUGUUGAUGCAGACUUUGCUACCAGACCUGCACUAAGCCGAGCAAAACCACCGAAGAAGGAAACAGAAAACAUAUUAUCUUCUCAGGCCUUUUUUCUUUCAAGCUUUCCUCUUUUUUUCCCCCCCCUCUUUCUUUCAUUGUUUUACUAUGUCCAUUUCAUACCAAAACAGUCCUACCUCUGCCUGCUCUCGUACCAUAAAAUCUAACCAUCGGACUAAAAUAGUUCACGUCUGAGAGGCAGUUUAGCAGAACGUUCCUCUCAGUUGUCACACCAAAACACUAAAGAAGAUUGUUGUGUUUUAACCAAAAAGGGCCCACUGUUGUGUUCUUGGAUUGGUUCACCUUGUUCCACAGCAGGCUAGUUUACUCCUUUUAGACUGAUUGUAGAAGUGAUCACUUUCUGUCAGCCUGUCAUUAACUGGCUGUGUUGGUGAACGGAGUGGAACAAGCGGUAACAGUCGCUCGAACACGUUUGUCUUCACAAUCAGGAGCCGUCUUGUUCAGUCGGUCUUCCCAACUGAAGAAACGAGGCUUUUACAGCAGAGAGAAACCGACCGUUCGCUCCUCCUCUCAUCUAAGCCCAGCGUUUCCCUCUUUGCCAUCUCAGAGAUGAAACCCUCUGCGACUGUUUCACCGUCUCUUUCGUAGCUCUUCUUUCCCUGGGUUUCCUUUUUAGCCAGUCUGCCAUUUAUACUCCCUCACUAUCAGUCCACCUAGAGGAGCAUUUAUCUGUGGAUCGCCCCCCAUCUUUGGUGUAGCGUUUCGAGGACGUGAUGACAGGCGGUAGCAGUAAGAGUGGAGGUCGGGGUCCGUCCUUGUCACCCCUGCCUCACGCCGUGGUCCCGCCCAGCCGACCCUUACGACCGUCCCGCUACGUCCCGGUGUCUGCAGCCACCUUCUUCCUCGUCGGGUCCACCACGCUCUUCUUCUGCUUCACGUGUCCGUGGCUGUCGGAGCGUUUCUCUGUAGCUGUGCCCAUCUACAAUGGAGUCAUCUUCCUGUUUGUUCUGGCUAACUUCUGCAUGGCCACGUUCAUGGACCCUGGGAUCUUCCCCAGAGCCGAGGAGGACGAGGACAAAGAGGACGACUUCCGCGCUCCUCUUUACAAGACGGUGGAGAUCAGAGGGAUCCAGGUCAGGAUGAAAUGGUGUUCGACCUGCCGCUUCUACCGGCCGCCGCGGUGCUCCCACUGCUCCGUGUGCGACAACUGUGUCGAGGACUUCGACCACCACUGUCCGUGGGUGAACAACUGCAUCGGCAGGAGAAACUACCGUUACUUCUUCCUCUUCCUGCUGUCGCUAACGGCUCACAUCAUGGCCGUGUUUGGUUUCGGCCUGCUCUUCAUCCUCUAUCACCGGCAGAACAUCGACCGCCUGCACGCCAUCGUCACUCUGGCUGUAAUGUGUGUUGCUGGCCUGUUCUUCAUUCCUGUUGCUGGUCUUACUGGUUUCCACAUCGUGCUUGUGGCCAGAGGCAGAACGACCAAUGAACAGGUAACAGGAAAGUUCAGAGGAGGAGUGAAUCCUUUCACCAACGGCUGCUGGAAGAACGUCUCUCACGUCCUCUGCAGCUCACAGGCACCCAGGUAUCUGGGCAGGAAGAAGUGCGUGCAGAGUGUGUUCGUUCAGCCUCCUUUUCUGAGGCCACAGCUGACCGAGGCCCAGCUGGCUGCAAAGAUCCUGGACAACGGUAUCCAGGGAGACCUGCACAGGUCCAAGUCCAGUCUGGAGAUGAUGGAGAGCCAGUCGUGUGACGCUGAGCCUCCGCCUCCUCCUAAACCGGAGCUCCGCUACCCUGGAAUCACCAGAGGAAACACGGAGGAGUGCAGUCUACUGAACAAAGCCCCUCCCACCCCCACCAUGUACAAGUACAGGCCCACCUACAGCCCCAGCAAGAACCACACAGCGCUCACACAUGCUUAUGCCAACCAGUUGAGUCGAGGGGAGAGUGUCGGCAGCGCCAGGGACUCCUCUUCUUCCACGUCCUCCCUCCUCCAGGCCAGCCAGCAGCCUGGUUUCCGCUCUCAGCCCAGCCUGGACCAGAGAGACGCUUCAUCUGACAGAGUGGGAGAAGAAGGAGGAGGGGAGAGGAGAGAGGGAGCCAGAGAGGGGGCAGGAGGAGGCAUUCCUGGGUACUCCCUCGGCGGGCGCUCGUACCCUUCCUUCUCUGAUCCUACCGUUCUGGCAGGAGUGGCAUCACGGUCCUCCAGCUCCAUGCACACCUCUGCAGGCGCCGCCCAGGUCUCUGAGGCGACCACCACCUCGGCCAGCUUCAAGAGCUUAGCCAAUCAGACGCCCCCGCCUCACCACCCGUCCCGCAACGGGAGCCUGUCUUAUGACAGCUUGCUGGCAGGCGGCGAUGAUUUUGACAAAGAGGUGGCGGCGGGUUCGGGGGCCCCUGAGGUUUCCGCUGGGAGACCCUGUACACCCGCUGUCGGCUACAGCUCCCCCUUCCUGUCCUCGCAGCAGAGAGAUCCUGAGAUGCCCUCCCUGUCCUCCCAGUCGCCUCAUCAUCACCAUCGAACCUCCUACCACCACCAAUUCCUCCACCGCUCCUCCUCCUCCUCCACAUCCUCCUCCCCACCACCACCCCCAGAGAGGGAGCGGCUGCUGGGUGAGCCCCACGCCGGCACCCAUGCCCUACCAGCCGGUCAGACCGCCGGUAGCCUCUCCUCCUCCACCCAGCCUCCUCCUCACCACCACCACCACCAUCAUCACCACCACCACCACUCCCAUCACCACCACCACCACUCCUCCUCCACCUCCCGCCCUCCCCGUUUCGCCGGCCCUCAUGCCCCGCCCCACCACGCCUACCCCUACCGAACCCGCUCCACUGACACCCCUCUGGGCUCCUCCUCCACCUCCACCACCCACCCGUCUCGCUCCCCUUAUCCCCCGCCUCUCGGGAAGUCGCUCUCGUACUCAAGUGCCGCCGCUGCCGAGAUGCAGUACCGACUGGUCCGCAAGGCUUCUGCCUCCGCCGGGGCAAACGCAGCAGGGGUAGGAGGAGGAGGAGGAGGAGGAGGUGGAGGGAUGGUAGGAGGAGGAAUACAAACGCCGAAGGAUGAUCUGAUCCAGAUGAAACCCCUAAGUCGGACCAAUGGCGACCAGCCCUUGUCAUCCACGUCCUCCUGCUCCGCCCCUUCCUCUCCCUCUCACCCCGUCGGUGGGUCUGCCCAGCCUGGAGUGGCCUAUCUCAACACAGUGCUGACACUGAGUCCCCCUCACAAGCCCCAGGGUGUGGAGGUGAAGAAGGUGACGGGUGUCGGGGGCACCACCUACGAGAUAUCUGUCUGAAACGCAGCCGGCCUCCAGUCCAAGCAUCAGUGAGACAAAGCGGAGAUACUGCUGUCUUCUACCUUUUAGAGAGAGCUCUUGGUUGAACAUGAUAGAAGAAACCACCUACCUGCUGCAUGACGUGGACAUGUGCCGCUGGGUGGAACUACUUUGUCUGUCUCACCCCUUAUUGGCUGUUUGACCGUGGAGAUAAACUGACCUGCACAGAAACUCUGCUGGUGAAAUGAGAAGAAGAGCUGGACUGUCAUUGGACUAUAAAAGACUACUUUUUUGGAUCUCACUGGACCAAACAUGAGCCAUUUGGCUUAUUUCUGUAGGUUGUGUCUUCACUGUAGCUCAGUAGGUAGAGCAAGGCGUUAGCAGUGUUCCACUAGAUGAGUAUAGUAGUGAAAGGAAUCACCACUGCCAGGUUUAGGGCUGGAUCCCACUGGUGCCACCACCAACAUCUGGAAUGGAGUUUCAGGUCUGUAUUUUUUUUACAAAGGUUAACGUGCACUUGUGAACCAAGCUAGGUUAAUUUAGCAAAACUUGGCAUCUCAUUCUUUAUUUCACUGUUUUCAUGCUGACAUUUAGAUCCAUGAUCACAACACAGCAUGAUGAUGAUGGUAGUAAGACAUGGUCCAUGGAACCCAGUCAAAGCAGAUCCAUUGACAGCAGACACCAGUUCAGUGGCAACUUAGUGUGUGAUCAGACAGACUCAAGUAAUAUCAGAUUACAUCAAAGUUGGUAUUUAAUAGAAGUUGUGGUCCAGGUGUCAAAGCAUCCACCAAACGAUGCAUGCUGUGGUUGUAUUGGACCAACUCAGUUUUAUUUUAUUAAUAUAGCUCAGAUUCACAACAUGUUAUCUUCCAGCUCUUAGCAUAGCAAAGUACGGACCUUACUGAUUAUAAACAGACAACAGAAAACCCAACAGUCCAAAGUAGCCUUUAGGUUCCUUUGGAGCAACAGUGGGAAGGAAUGAAAUAACUCCUAGAAUGAGGAGGAGAUAAAUAAACCUCAGACAGAACCAGGCUCAUGGAAGGUGACCAUCAGCCUCGACCGUUUGGGUGAGCGUAGGGAUGAGGGGGUGGAGGGUAGCAGGGAUGAGGCCAGCAGCUCCAGAUCAGAGACAUCCAUGGAGAGAACAAACACAGGACCUCUGGGGAAAUAGUUAGUGACAGUAGUCUACACCUAUAGCAGCAUAACUAAGGGACAGCUCAGAUAGGAACGUUUUCAGCCAAAUCUUUAAAGUAGAGAGGAUGUCUGCCUCCUGAACCCAAACUGGGAGCUGAUUCCACAACAGAGGAGCUGAUAGCUGAAGGUUAACCUGUAGUCUGAAAGUGAAGGACUCUGCUAGGAUGAUCUGGAACAAUAAGGUCUUUAAUGUAAGAUGGAGCUGCUCAUUAAGAGUUUUAUAUGUGAAAAACAAGAUUUUAAAGUCUAUCCUGGAUUUUACAGGGAGUUGAUGAAGAGAAGCUAAUGUGGGAGACAUCUGAUGUGUCUUACUGGUUCCUGUUAGAACUCUGGCUGCAGCAUUAAGGAUCAGCUGGAGGUUUUUAAGAGACUUAAUGGAACAUCCUGACAAUAAGGUAUUACAAUAGUCCAGCCUAGAAGUUCUAAAUGCAUGGACUAGUCUCUCAGCAUCACUUUGAGACCAGAUGUUCCUGAUUUUUACAAUAUUACGUAGAUGGCAGAAGGCUGUCCUAAAGACUUGUUUAACGUAUGUUGAAGGACAAAUCCUGAUCAAAAUAUCUCCCAGGUUUUUAACAGUAGAACUAGAGGCUAAGGCAGCGCCAUCUAGAGGAACUAUCUGGUUAGAAAACGAGUUUCUGAGGUAUUUGGGGCCAAAUAUAAUAAUUUCAGUUUGUCUGAAUUUAAAUGAAGAAAAUCCCAGGUCCUCCAGGCCUUGAUGUCCUUCAGACAUGUUGGAGUUUGACAAACGGACUGGUUUUGUACAGAGUCAGUUAUACUGGUCCUAACACAGAACCCUGUGGAACCCCAUAACUCUGAUGGAAGAAUCAUCAUUGACACAAAAAAACUGUAAUCUGUCUGAUAAAUAUGUUUUAAACCAGAUUAGUUCCUUUAGUCCCAGUAACAUGUUCCAGUCUUUGAGAGCCAGUAGAACCAGUAUAGAAACCAGUCCACUGUCUGAAGCUACUACAGGGUGACCCAUAAGUUUGGAAACAAAGUUUAACUGCAGUGUCUAUUCGAGUUGGGGGUGCAUGAAUUCACUCUUAUUUUACCCAUUUUUGUUAUAGCAUAAUAAAAUAACUUAAAAGCAUAGUAUUUGCCAAGUGCCAUACCUCGGUAGAAAAUGAAUAGAAGCAUAAGGUCCAGGUAUGCUGGAGCAGAACUUCAAAAUGCAGGCCAUCAGUGUCAGAUUUCAAAACUCUUGAUGGUAAAGUAUCUGACAGCUUUAAUUUUUUUAAACAUCCAAAAGUACUAUGAGGCAACAUUUACUGGCCAGUCUGAGGAACCUUCAUAAGCAUGAAUGAAGAUACAUUCCAGAAGAUACCAGUGUAACCAGGUGGUGGAAACGUUCACGUCUUUGUAUAAGAAACAAACAUGAACAUGUCUAAAUAUGUUUGUUUUACACUAAUCUGUUACUCUUCUGAACAUAUCUGUGGUACUGAUUUAUUGAAAUAACAUGUAUUAUUUGGAUUAUAGACUUUUCAUUUGUUUCCAAACCUUUAGGUCACCCUGUAGAAGAUCAUUGGUGACCUUCACCAGAGCUGUUUCUGUACUAUGAUGGAUUUUUAAUCCUGUCAAAAACUCUUCAAACCAUUUCUAUGCAGAUAAACAUAAUUGGCAGCAACAACUUUUUCAAGAAUGUUAGAAAUAAAAUGUAGGUUGGAUAUGGGUCUAUAAUUGGCUAAAAGACCUGGAUCCGGGGUAGGCUUUCUGAGAAGUGACUCUAUGGAACUGUAAAAGCCUUCAGUACAUAGCCUGUUGGUAGAGGAGUUGAUAUUUAAUACUAAAGAUGUCAACACAAGUCCAGUGGUGUGAUUACAACUGAGUUGGUUUAUUAACCUUUUGAGGACAAACCAACUGUAUCUGCAGAGUUGAGGCUUCGUUCUCAUCCACAUAGAGAUUAAAAUCACCCAUUAUAAGGACUUUAUCUGUACCAAGAACUCUGAGAAUUCAGAUCAAAAUUCAGAUUAGAGGGCAGGUGGUCGAUGUCCAACAACUAACACAACUGGUUUGUGAGACUAAGACUAAGGCUUUGAGUUGAAUUACAGCUCAGUUUGAGUCUUUUGUUGAUUGAUAAGUUAGAGUGGAAGAUUGCUGCCACUCCUCCUGCUCUGCUGUACUUCUGGGUUUAUGGAAAUGAAUCUGACUGGGGGGAGUUGAUUCAUUUCGACAUGUUCUUCAUGCUGCAGCCGGGCUUCAGUAAAUCUGUGUGAUGACCAGUAGAUGAAGUCAUAUUAUUCUGAAUUAGGUUGUUCUGAACAGCUCUUCUGGGUGGUCGGGGGGGCAGACACUGUCUCUAUGGGAUCUUGGGAGGGUGAGAGCCAUAAGGAAGCAGGUAAGACUGCAGCUCUUCCUGGUUUCACCUUUGGACUGUCUGCUUUUUGGGUUUCUAAUAAAUUUGGACACAUUCCUGGUAUUGAGACGUCUGUCGUCCCUCCUAAUGAGACCAGGUUUAUCCCAGAUAGCAACCAACGGCAUGGACGACAGAAACCCUCUGACCUGCCGUCUCUCCCCUUGAGUUUGCCGUCUUGAAAAUGCACAACGCUGUCCAGCUAGCAGUCAGUAAUCGAGCACUUUGUCGGCUGUUCUGGACUCGUGACAAUCUGAAAAAGAAGGACGCCUGUGGACUUUCUGAUCCGUGUGAAUUGACUUUCCUUUUGAUGGAGGGAAACAGAAUGUGAUGCUGGAGAACAAAAAAAGCUGAUUUCCCCUUUGUUCAAUACAUUUGUUGGUUUAUUCCUAAACGAUGAUUCCAUGUUUGUACAGGAUGAUGUGGUUUAAAUGUGGAUUUUUUGUAAAGUGGCGUUCGUACUGAACUGCUGCAUGCACUACUACUUCAACACGCCACCGUAGGCCGCCGUGUUCGCUGUGGGAGGUCCUGGAGUGUAAAUGGAAACCAUGCUUUGGCCUUUUAUUACCAGACUCUUACAAACAGGGCAGAAUUUUCUAGAAAAUGAAUUCCUUGAACAAUUUGCCUUGAAAAUUUAAGUGUUAUCAUUUUUUUAUUUCAUCUAUUUAAUUUGACAUUGUUUUAUAUGAAUUUAUAUGGAAAUAUAGUUAUUGAUAAAUGAAGAGUUUUUAAUAUCGACUCUAAAAAGGGGUUGUGUGUACUGUUGUGUCACUUUUAGCAUCUGGAUGAAGAGAUUAAAUCAGCCUUUCUGACCGUUUCA